AUGUCAUCGGGGGCGGGGAGGACGAGGACUGCCAGGCAACAGGUUCCACUCCUCAGAGAGAACCUUUCGAACAAUCCAACUUCUUCCUGUAGAGUUCUGAAAUCAGGUGGUGCCUGACUGAGUCUCCCUUCUCCCGCCACAGCAUGGGGGGCAAGGGGAAACGGGCGGAAGGCGAUGGUUCUUCCUCCUCCAGCCCCUAUGGGGAGAAGUAUAAAUACGAUCCCUCUUUUCGUGGUCCUAUUAAGAACAGGAGCUGCACUGAUAUUAUUUGUUGUGUCCUCUUCACAGUCUUCAUUGCAGGCUACAUUGUGCUGGGACUAGUGGCUUGGCUGUAUGGUGACCCUCGGCAGGUUAUUUACCCUAGGAAUUCAACUGGAUCCUACUGUGGAAUCGGCGAAAACCGCAACAAGCCUUUUCUCUUCUAUUUCAACAUUUUAAAAUGCAUCCCGAAAGAUCCCAUAUCAAUUGCCAUGGACGGACUGCAGUGUCCUACUACACAGCUUUGUGUCUCAUCCUGCCCUGAAGCUUUCUGGACUCUGCAUCCAAAAGCCUUCGCUCCUGGUGCAAAACCUUCCGAAGAGUGGAAGCAGAAAUGGUGCCAGUCUAGUAUUAACCUUACCACUACCAGCCUGACUGUGUCGGAAAUUCUCAAUCAACAACUUUGCCCUCAUUUCACUAUUCCCUCCAUACCAGUCUUCAGCCGUUGCUUCCCCUCUCUCAACUUCUCUCAGGCAGGGGAUUUUCAGUUGAAUGGUAUGAACUCAUCUACUACCUUGGAUACUAUCAAGUCCAGUGCAGAGCAGCUCAUGAAGGUCCUUGAUGCCAAGAACAUUGGGAUGAAGAUCUUUGAGGAUUUCACGCGGACAUGGUACUGGAUCUUGAUAGUACUGCUGAUCUCCAUGGUGGUGAGCCUACUAUUCCUGCUGCUCUUGCGAUUUUUUGCUGGGGUUCUGGUGUGGAUUCUCAUUGUAGGAGUGCUGGCUGUCACUGCAUAUGGAAUCUACCACAGCUACAUGGAGUACAGUAAGCUCAACAAAGAUGGAGCCAGCAUCCAGAACGUUGGUUUUACCACCAACUUGAGUGUCUAUGGCAGUGUCAAGGAGACCUGGCUUGCUGUCCUGAUAAUUCUUUGUGUGGUGGAAGCUGUCUUGCUGCUUACCCUCCUGUUUCUUCGCAAGCGGAUCUUUAUUGCCAUUGCACUCAUCAAGGAAGCCAGCAAAGCCAUUGGAUACAUGAUGUCUACUCUUGCUUACCCUCUGCUGACCUUCAUCUUGCUGCUGAUAUGUGUGGCUUACUGGGGUAUGACAGCCUUAUAUUUGGCCACCUCUGGUGUGCCCCUCUAUCGCAUUGCCCCCACAAACGCCAGUGCUCCUGGCUGUAAAGGAAUCAUUGCUAAUCAAACCUGCAAUCCACUGGAAUUCAAUGCCUCCACUUACACGUCUUGCAUGGUGGAGUGUAUCUUCUUCAAGUACAACACCGAAGGGCUCUAUCAGCGCAACCUCUUCAACCUGCAGAUCUACAAUGCUGUGGGCUUCCUCUGGUGCAUCAACUUUGUCAUUGCCCUGGGGCAAUGUGUGCUGGCAGGUGCCUUUGCCUCUUACUACUGGGCCUUCAACAAACCCCGAGAUAUCCCGGCCUGUGCUGUGGCUAACUCCUUCAUCCGGACAUUGCGGUACCACUUAGGGUCUCUUGCUUUUGGUGCCCUCAUCCUCACCAUUGUCCAAGUCAUCCGCAUGGUGCUAGAGUACCUGGACCACAAGCUGAAAGAUGCCCACAAUCCAGUUGCCCGCUGCAUGCUUUGCUGUCUGAAGUGUUGCUUCUGGUGUCUGGAGAAGUUCAUCAAGUUCCUCAACAGAAAUGCCUACAUAAUGAUUGCCAUUUAUGGCAAGAAUUUCUGUAUAUCAGCCAAAAAUGCCUUCAAGCUCUUGAUGCGUAACGUUGUCAGAGUUGCCGUCUUGGAUAAGAUCACUGACCUGCUUAUGUUUUUUGGGAAGCUCUUGGUGGUUGGUGGAGUUGGAGUUCUGUCUUUCUUCUUGUUCUCUGGAAAAAUCCCCCUCAAGGACUUGGAGCUGCAAUCCCACACCCUCAACUACUAUUGGCUCCCCAUUCUGACAGUGGUGGUAGGUGCCUACUUCAUAGCCCAAGGAUUCUUCAGCGUCUACACGAUGUGUGUCGACACUCUCUUCCUUUGUUUCUUGGAAGACUUAGAGCGAAACGAUGGUUCCAAGGAGAAGCCAUAUUACAUGUCCAAGUCCCUCAUGACGAUCCUCCACAAGAAGAACAAGGAGAAAUAAUGCUGGAGGAGAUGUUCCUUUUAUGAAUCACCCACUCGUACUCCUGGUCCUCAUCAUUUCGUGCUGUUCCAUUUCCUGUCAGUCAUGUCUGGAUUUUAAUCCCUACCUUUUUAUAUUGGGUACAACCCUGAACACUUUUUCGAAUUUCUUGGAUUUGGACUUUUAAGGCUGGCCAGCUCUUGCCUCAUUUUGUUCUGCUUCAUGUCAACCAUAUUGGUUUUUUUAAGCCUCGCUGUACUUGGAGUACCAGCAACAUACUCCCCUUUAUUUUAUUGGCCAUUUUAACAACUUACCUUGCCCUGUAACAAAGCCCCUCCCUCCCUCUCUCCACAGGAGGUCAUCCUAUUUUCUUUGGCCAUUGCUGGCAUGGUGUCCAAUCCAUUCGGCUGAGGAAAGUGAGUGUUUGAUCCACUCGCACUGCCUCCUGCUGAUUGAAUCUACUGAGUUUGCAGGCCAUAGCAAACUGAGUGGUGUUCCCCUCACAACUGGCUAUCCUUCUUUUGGGUCUGAGCAACUUCUUUUGUAAGCACCCAACUUAUUUCUGGUCUGUACCACCCUCUAAAACAAAGCAGGUGAUUCAGAACCACACAAGUGCUCUUUCUGCAGCUCACCAGAUGGAGAGGCAGUCGCCAAUAGCUGCUAGCCAUAUGGCAAGUCCAAUGGUGGUGUUUAUGCCUGGCAUUUUUCCCCAAUUGGAGUGUGGAAGGAAACAAUACGUUUAGCAAAAUGGCUGAAGGUUACAGAUGAUCUUCCUUUCCAGGUUACAGCUACCAUUCAAGCUUUUUCAAGGGGCUUCAGCAUGUUUUCUGGUUGCCUGUUUCCAUGUUGUUAGCCACUUCUGGAUCCGCCCCCCCCCCCUCAAUUUCUUGAUUACUUGAUCCUAUACAUUUUUCAGUUUUGUUUCUGCUUUCUGAUAAUCCUUUUUGUCUUCCAGGCCAAUUUAACUGUCUUAACUCUUGCUGACCCUUUUCCUUACUUGCAAAUGUCUGCCAUUCUAUUUCAGACCAGACUGUACCACCUCCUGCCCAGCUGGUUCUCUUUCAGAGUAUCUUGUUUGAUCUGUGCUCUAUGGUACUGGCUACAUUCCAACAAAGAAUAGUAAACUUAAAUCCAAUUCAACACACUUAACUUUGCUCCAAAUAGCAGCCAUCUAAUUUCUCAACUGCCUCCAUUGGCAAGCUGCAUCUUAUUCUUUCCCAUCUAAUUUCCAAAUGUUUCUAUGCCAGUUCUUUGACCUUAUGACUUACGACUUCCAUAUUACCUUGGUCUAGAUCCAUUUCCUGUCAGCCAUAUCUUCCCACCCCCACACUUUUAACACUUCCUUCUACCAGUUUCUAUGACUCGGGGACAAUUCUCUUUAAAAAUACAAAAAGAACUUCCUGUUUAUGAUGCAAAGCACAAUCAACACUCCAUAGAUUCCUCUUUAUAUAAUGAAUGAGCUGCUAAAAUUGUAUAUAGACUUUAUUCUUUCUGUACAAAAAAGUAAAAAGUUAUUUUAUAGGAAGCAUACACAUUAAAACUGAUUUGAACUAAACUUGA